AUGUAUUCUGAUUCACCAGAAGUGAAGGCAUUUCUGACGUGGUCGAAGGGGGAACCAAACCUCUGGCGGAAGACGCCCUUAGAUGCACCAUUGGCCGAUACAGAUCAGUACUGUAAGUUCUUCCUGGAUUCCAAAGAUGUCUUGAUUGUUGUCAAGACUGGUGCAAAUGAGAUCCACGACAAGCUCCCGACACAGCUUUUGACCGGACUUCGCUGCUAUCAACACAUACUCAUUUUCUCCGAUCGCGAGCAACGCAUCGGCCCGUUCGUCGUCCAUGAUGCAUUAAGAAAUGCCUCCGACAUAUUGAAAACUCAGGACCCUGAUUUCGAUUACUAUCGCACUCUACAAGACUACAAGGGAAAUGGCGAAGAUAAAACCAGUCUGCGACACAAGAGUGGAAAGGCCGCUUGGAAUUUGGACAAGUACAAGUUCCUUCAUAUGCUAGAAGAAACAUGGAAUUUACGACCUCACCGAAAGUGGUACAUCUUCAUCGAGGCCGAUACCUAUCUAGUCCGGACGAAUUUAUUACUCUGGCUAGAGCGCCAGGAUCCCUCCCAGCUUCUUUAUUUCGGCUCUCCAACUUAUGUUAACGGCGAAGCCUUUGCCCAUGGAGGGAGUGGCGUGGUGCUGUCAGGAGCAGCUCUGUCCAAAUUUGCCAACGGCGACCCUGGAAUUGCCGCGCGAUAUGAUGCUAUGGUGAAGUCUGAAUCAUUCGGUGAUUACGUCCUGAUGAAGGCUCUACGCGACAAAGGAGUAGUGUUUAGCGGUCGCUGGCCCAUGCUUCAAGCUGAAAAGCCAGCAACAAUACCGUUCGGUCCUGGGCCAGAUAAUGGAGUAAGACAUUGGUGUCAGCCCAUCGUUACCAUGCAUCACAUUACCCCUGAAGAAGCAUGCGUUAUUUGGGAUUUUGAGCAGCAGAGAAAAAGCCCUAAGGUUUGUAUUCGCCACUACCGUCCAUGGAAAGCCAACGCAAGCUAA